GCCCCGAUACAACCUACUAUGGAUCACAGUGCGCUGUUUCAUAACACACAUGACACAGUAUAACAUUAUUUGUGAUUCGUGAAAGUGUCAAAAUAAAAGGUUGCUAAAGACUGGAUAUAAAGUGAAAAUGAGUUUUCUGUUGGUGCUAACUUCUUUAUUCUUUUUGGCUGAUGCACAGUUUGGAAGCAUCUCAAUCAGCACAGACAUUAGUCCACGAAGUGACAAUGCAAUAGGAAGCAACUGCCCGGUCAACACGACCUGUGUUCCUAUAAGCUCCUGCCCUAUAUUGGACGGCUUGAUGGACUUCGCGUGUUUCUCAUCUGACAAAUAUUUCCACCGUCUCAACGAGUUGACCUGCGGCAGUGCGAACGACGAGGACUACGUGUGUUGUCCGUCCUGCGACUGCGGGCGCGUGUACUCGCCCGGCGCGCCGCAGUGCGGACGCAGCAUGGUGCAGGGCACUGACUAUAGCGGGAUUGGAGCACAUCCCUGGGUGGCAAGGAUCGGGUUUACUAAUAAAGAGAGUGGCAACGUGCGGUUUGCGUGCAGUGGGUCUAUAAUAUCGCAGAAGGUGGUGCUAACUGCUGCUCAUUGUGCCCUAGCUAAGCCGGAGGGAUAUAAACUAUCAACAGUAGUAGUAGGUGAGUGGGACAUCGGACGGAGCCCUGACUGCAACGAUCUAUUCUGCGCGCCGCCCACACAAGCCAUCAAAGUGGGCAGCGUGCUGGUACACCCCGGGUACGAGCAGAAGAUAUUCCGACACGACAUCGCACUCAUUGUGCUGCAGGAGGAUAUUAAGUUUACAGUGACAGCGGCGCCGAUCUGCCUCAACGAUAAGCCGGAAGUGGUGAUAGAUGAGCAAGCAUCGCUCGUUGGCUGGGGCAAGCUGUCCGGACAGAAUAAUAUGGUCGGUCGCCAACAACAGCUGCAAGUCCCCCUCAAACCCCUGGAAAGCUGCGAGCAAGUGUUCGGAGAGUCAGUCCCCAUACAUGAGGGUCAGAUCUGCGCGGGGGGCGAGGCGGGGAGAGACGCAUGUUCCGGCUUCGGCGGCGCGCCUCUGCUGCUGAAUAGAGACGGCAGCUAUUAUCAGAUUGGCAUAGUAUCGUUUGGGUCUGAAAACUGUGGCAAUGAGGGUGUGCCGAGCGUGUACACCAACGUCGCACACUACCACCGCUGGAUCGUCGACAACUCACCCACAUAGACUAGUUUAAGUUCGUUUAUCCUUUUACUAGUAAAUUAAUAUCUAUACACUGUCCCCUGUGUACUAUGUGAAGCCCCAAUUUCACCAACGUAAUCGUUAACGCUCG